GUAAUAUGUUUGUCACAGUGUUGGAAGGCGGCCCGAACAAGGAGUUAGGUUAACGCUAGCUCACUUAACGUUAACCUAUCCGCAGACAACAGCGCCCUCUAUUCAUCUUUCCAAUAUAUGAUAACUUCUUUGACCCUUUUUUGCUCUUCAGUAAAUUUCCCACUUUCAAUAAUUGGUCAUUGCUGCUGGAGCUGGACUAUUAAAACGAAGAAGAAGAAAAAUUAGCUAGUGGAUGGUGUCGACUGUCAAAAGGUUAGGAAAGGUCGCACUGCUGGUAUUUGAAUGUGCCCUUUCUUUUCCAACGGAUAUCGUUUCAGUCUUGUUUCCGGGUGUCGCGUUAAUUUGUGUCCCCAAAAUGGCGAACUUAGCCGCUGCUGCUGCGGCUGCAGCUGCCGCCGCCGUCGCCGCGAAUAGAGACCCGGCCGUUGAUCGUUCAUUGCGGUCCGUGUUUGUGGGGAACAUCCCGUAUGAAGCUACAGAGGAGCAGCUGAAAGACAUAUUUUCUGAAGUGGGACUUGUUGUCAGCUUCAGGUUGGUAUAUGACAGGGAAACGGGAAAGCCAAAGGGAUAUGGUUUCUGUGAAUACCAAGACCAGGAGACGGCCCUCAGUGCCAUGCGGAACCUGAACGGGAGAGAGUUCAGCGGCCGAGCCCUCCGUGUUGACAACGCAGCCAGUGAGAAAAACAAGGAAGAGCUCAAAAGUUUGGGAACGGGAGCCCCCAUUAUCGAGUCUCCUUAUGGAGAAAACAUCCAACCACAGGAAGCCCCGGAGUCCAUCAGCAGAGCUGUGGCCAGUCUUCCACCCGAGCAGAUGUUUGAACUGAUGAAGCAGAUGAAGCUGUGUGUGCAGAACAGUCCCCAGGAGGCGAGGAACAUGCUGCUGCAGAACCCUCAGCUGGCGUAUGCGCUGUUGCAGGCCCAAGUAGUCAUGCGGAUUGUGGACCCCGAGAUAGCCUUGAAAAUGCUCCACCGUCAAACGCCCGUCCAGCCUCUGAUUUCCACCGGGCAGUCUGGAGGAGCGCCGCCGCUCAACCCACCGUCUGCUCCGCCCAGCGUGCCGGUGUCUCAGCCGCAGCCUGUGUCUGGUAUGCAUGUCAACGGAGCGCCUCAAAUGAUGCAGCCCCCCAACAUGGGUGUUGCCCCUGGACCAAUGCCUGCUCCAGGACCGGGACAAGGACCAGCACCAGGACCAGUCGGGCCUCCAGGACCAGGCGGUAUCCCCCCCAGAGGCCUGCUGGGAGACGGUCCCAAUGAUCCCAGAGGAGGAACUCUGCUCUCUGUCACAGGAGAGGUCAUAGAGCCCAGUCGGGGUUACAUGGCAGCUCCACCGCCCCACCAAGCCCCACCUGUGCACAUGGCCCAAAUGCCAAGUGGACCCCCUCCAGAUAUGAGAGGCCCUCCAAUGGACAUGCGAGGCCCACCCAUGGGUGAACCACGCAACAUGAUGGGUGACCCCAGAGGGGCCCCUAUGAUGGAGCCACGCGGACCCCCAAUGGAAACCAGAGGUCGUGACCCGAGGGCGAUGGACACACGUGGGCCAGUGACGGGUCAGAGAGUUCCCAUGGCGACGGGAAUGCAAGUUCCCGCUCCUCAUAGCAUGGGUCAAAAUGUGCCUCCACCUGCUAGACCGGGUCCUGGGAGCUCUGGCGCUCCUCCAUCAGGAGGAGGAUUCAGUCCGGGACAGAGCCAGGUCUCCACACAGGACCAGGAGAAGGCUGCCCUGAUUAUGCAGGUCCUGCAGCUGACCCCAGAACAGAUUGCCAUGUUGCCCCCGGAGCAGCGGCAGAGCAUCCUCAUCCUCAAAGAGCAGAUUCAGAAGACUGCAGGAGGGGCACCUUGAUGGUUCGACUGGAAAAACACCUUCAAAAAUGGUCUCAAGACUCAAUCUGCUCCACCUCGCUGACUGACACCUUCAGCUCCAACCGGUCUGAAGACGUCUCAUCUUAGUUUGGACUAUUGUAUAGUUUUUUUUUUACUCAGUCUGUUUUCUGUAUGAAAGAGCCACCAGGUUUUUACUUGUGGAUUUAAAAACAAGUGAGACAUCUGAGUGGAUGAUGAAUGCUGAACAGAUGAAGACCAAGAUUGAUUGUCAUGAGGUUUCAUCUUUUACAUGUUAUCGGGUCUAGAAAAUGUCUGGGUGUUUUGUCAAUAAAACCCCAAAAUACAUUGUUGUAUUCAUUUAUUUCAAAUCAUUUUGGAAUUGUAUGCAAGAAAAGGUAUUAGAAAAAGCCAAAAGUGAUUAUGUAACGAUAGGUCUUUCCACGCCUUAGAGCAUGAUUAAGGCUACGUGACAGGAACUCUUCCUGGUACUGUCGUCAUUUUACGCAUCAUAAUAAAACCAUUUCCAAGAAA